AAUGACCACAGCAUAAAAGAUUGCCGAAAUUGAGACUGAAAUGAUGAGGACCUAAAAAAAUAAGGCCACAUCAUAUCAUUUAGGUUUAUUGAAGGCUAAAUUGGCUAAACUCAAAAGAGAAAUGAUAGAUUCAUCUUCUAAAAAGGGUGGUGGCACUUAAGAAGGAUUUGAAGUUUCUAAGAGUGGAGAUUCUCGUAUAGGUAUGAUAGGUUUUCCAUCGGUUGGUAAGAGUACACUACUUACAAAACUUACAGGAGUGUUUUCUAAAAUUGCAGCCUAUGAAUUUACAACUCUAACAUGCAUACCUGGAGUAGAGAUUAUUCAAUAUAUUAAUAGGUCUUACAACAUAAAGGUGCCAAAAUACAAUUGCUUGAUUUACCAGGAAUUAUAGAGGGUGCUAAAGAUGGCAAAGGUAGAGGUAAAUAAGUUAUUGCUGUGGCACGUACUUGUAAUUUAAUUUUGAUUGUGUUGGAUGCCACAAGACCUAUGGUACAUAAAAAAAUCAUUGAAAGAGAACUUGAAGGAUUUGGAAUUAGAUUAAAUAAAUAACCACCAUAAAUAGAAUUUAAGAAACGAGACAAAGGAGGUAUUACUAUUUCUAGAACACAUGAUGCUUCAAGAUUAGAUGAUGAAACAAUAAAAGUAUUUAUAAUUUAAAUUAUAUUCAAUAGGCCAUCUUACGUGAAUAUAAGAUUAAUAAUUGUGAUAUCAAUCUUAAAUGUGAUGCUACUGANUUAUUAAUAGGUUCUUCAUGA